GUUGUCAUGAUAAGAAAUACUGAGGCGUGCAUUAAUAACACUUUGCACAAUAAUAGUAAUUUAUAGUAAAAUAAAAUACUCAACUCCAACAAAUAGGUAGCUAUAAAAUUAAGCUGAAAAAUUCCCAAGAAAAAGAAGCUGAAAAAUUCCCCAGAAAAAAAGAAAAAUUUUCUGUUUGAAAGGUGUGGGAGGGCAUGCCUCUUGAAAGGGUUGACCAAUUGGAUUACAUGGCGGAUGACCGGGAGGGGACUGAUUCAUCUGAUGAAUUUGAGGGGGGAUUAUAUAAUGAGGAGACAAACCUUGAUGAAUACGAUAUGCCAACAAAAGUGACUGAUACAUCGGCUGCACAAGCAAGAAAAGGGAAGGAUAUACAAGGUAUCGCAUGGGAGGAAUUGAAUGUAACGAGGCAAAGCUACAGAUUGACAAGGCUUGAACAGUACAGAAAUUAUGAGAACAUCCCUUUGUCAGGGGAAGCUGUGGAUAAGGAAUGCAAACAAGUGGAAAAGGGUGGCAACUACUACGAAUUCUUUUACAAUGCAAGAUCCGUGAAGCCUACAAUACUCCAUUUUCAGCUAAGGAACUUGGUGUGGGCAACUUCGAAACAUGACGUGUAUUUGAUUUCAAACGAUUCACUUAUGCAUUGGUCAUCAAUUUCCCGCAACCUCUCAGAAGUUGUCAACUUCACUGGACGUAUCGUACCGACAGAGAAAUAUGCAGGAAGUUUGUUAGAGGGUCUUACACUGACCCAAAUCAGCACGAUGGCGGUGAAGAACCGUUUUGUGGUUGCUGGGGGCUUCCAAGGAGAACUCAUUUGUAAGAAUUUGGACAAGCCGGGGGUUAGCUUCUGUGCAAGGACCACUUAUGAGGAUAACGCUAUCACUAAUGCCAUUGAGAUAUAUGAAAGCGUCAGUUAUGGGCCUCGUUUUAUGGCAGCCAACAACGACUGUGGUGUGAGGGUGUACGACAUGGAAAGAUUUCAGCAGAUGAACCACUUCCGCUUCCCUUGGCCAGUGAAUCACACCUCGAUGAGCCCAGAUUGCAAGCUUUUUACUGUUGUUGGUGAUGAUCUACAUGGUUUACUUGUUGAUUCCCGCAGUGGAAAGACGGUGGCGUCGAUCAUUGGUCACUUAGACUACUCUUUUGCUUGUGCGUGGCAUCCCGAUGGCCAUACAUUCGCCACUGGGAAUCAAGAUAAGACGUGUCGAAUUUGGGACUUGAGAAACUUGUCCUCGUCUACGGCCAUUCUGAAGGGUAACAUCGGUGCUGCUCGAUCUAUCCGUUUCUCAUCGGAUGGACGGUUCCUGGUAGUGGCUGAACCUGCAGAUUUUGUCCACAUUUACAGUACUGAGUCAGACUACAAGAAACGUCAGGAAAUUGAUCUUUUCGGUGAGAUAUCAGGGGUAUCUCUGAGUCCAGACGACGAGUCCCUUUACAUUGGUAUCUGGGAUCGAACAUAUGGAAGCUUGCUAGAAUACAACCGAAGGCGUGCUUGUAGGAGAAUCCCACAUGGCGAGUAUGGAGGGGAGGGUGAAACGCUCUCUAACAAACAACUUCAUACCCCAAGCUCAAACCAGGAAUCCGUUGUGAAGGAAUACUUAUCACUCCACCACAAUUUCAGUUGAUCCAAAAACAAUUAUGAUACUGCAAUCUAGCUAGCUCCCGCGAUACGUGGUAUCCUAUUUAUUUAUUUUGUGUUGAUCUUGCUAUCAUUCCCUUUAGCGUUUCGCCGUUUUCUAGUGUCUUAGUUUGACUUGACACGGUAAAAUCAUAAACAUAUUGUGUAAGA